AUGGCGAUUAGGAAUGCAGUGAGAGAUGUAUUUUCCGAAGUCAGACAUAGAUUAUGCGCUUGGCACCUUAUUCGAAAUGCAACUAGCAAUGUUGGAAAUCCAUCGUUUACAUCUAAAUUUAGAAAAAUCAUGACAGGAGACUACGAGAUUCCCGUGUUUAAGCGUAAGUGGGUUCAGCUUAUUGAAGAAUUUGGCAUUGAGGAUAAGCCGUGGGUGAUCAACAUGUACGAAGAGAAGCAUAUGUGGGCUACUGCAUAUCUAAGAGGAAAAUUCUUUGCUGGCUUUAGAACUACAUCAAGAUGUGAAGGUUUACACUCAGUAGUGGAAAGGUAUGUGGGGUCGCAGUAUGAUUUGACAAGUUUUGUAGAGCAUUUUCAAAGGUGUGUAGCACACAUGCACUUUAACGAAUUUAAUGUUGAUUAUGAAUCUACACGUGGGGUGCCCGUCAUGCAAACUUGUAUAGAGCUGCUAGAGAGAUAUGCUGCUAAGUUAUACACUCAUGGGAUAUUUCUUUUCUUUCGGCCAUUUCUCUCCAGAGGUGGAUCAAUGCGGGUUCUAAACAUAGAUAAUACCGAUGAUUGCAUAAAGUACAUUGUGUGUAAGCAUGGGAGGCCCGAUUUUACGUGGACCGUUGAUUUUCGUCAAGAAGAAAUGAUCUUCAUGUGUACCUAUUUACGAAUGGAGUCAUUUGGUAUUCCCGGCGAACAUAUUGUGAAAGUAAUGGUUGACAGAGACAUCCGUGAGAUUUCCCGGUCAUUGGUAUUGGAUAGAUGGACAAAAAAGGUUAAAUCAGCACUCAAUGAUCCAAGUAGGUUCACCAGGGAUGCUGUUGUUAUUAGUCGUCAAAGUGCUUUGGUGGAAUUUUCUAAACAACUGGCUGCUGUUGCUGCUAAAGUACCAGAGAGAUAUGAAGAGACACAUGAUUUAAUUAUGGGAUUGUACUCAUCUUACAAGGCUGCAGACGAAGGAGAUAAUCAACCUCACUCAGGUGUAGCUAGAAGUAGCAAUCCGUAUGUGCAUCCAACCACUAGAGGCUUAGGACAACCAUCUAAGAAGAAGAAGCGGCAACGUUGUAGUGUUUGUCAAAUGGAAGGACAUAAGAAGACAACAUGUCCUUAG